AUGGCAUCUCCCUCGCCAGCGCUGUGGAAGACGCGGCUGAGGAGCAGUGGUAUGCUGACAGAGGCAAUAGGCGAAAUUCAUCCCUCAUCGGACCUUGUGGCAGACGGCUGCUUGAAUGAGGGAGCAACCGUAUACUCGUCGCUCGUGUCUUGGUCCAUAACCAUGGUGGACCUCAAAGCACUGAGCGCGAUCUGCAGCCAAUGCGUGGAGCUUGCCAGCAGGACUCCCCCCUCGCUGUGGAUUAUUUCCCUGCUAUCUACAUUUGCAGGUUUCAUUCUUUUUAAAUGGAGAAGGCGGAGCUGUUUAUGUCCGUGGUGGUUCCCCGCAUUUAACGAAGAGGAUAGGUUGGGCGGGAUGCUGGAAGAGGCUGUGAAUUAUCUUGAGAGGACUUAUGGGAAACUUGCGGAAUGUCAGCAAGAUGGAACUUUGCUUAACGAGGUUACGAAAUGCGAAAGGACUCGUCGUCGUAAACUCGAUGGAGGCGCAAAUGGAAGCGCAAAUAGAAGCGCGGACAUGCCACUCAGGGGAUGGGAAAUACUCGUCGUGUCGGAUGGUUCUACAGAUGGGACCGUAGAAACUGCAUUGGCCUUUGCCAAAGACCAUCAGCUUUCGCCACACCCCAAGAGCCAUCCAGGACCAUGGUCAACUGUCGUUGACGCGGACGGCGUACAUACCCCCCCGGGGACAAUCCGGGUGAUCACCCUAACGAAGAAUAGAGGGAAAGGCGGGGCUGUCACGCAUGGUAUGAGGCAUGUACGCGGCCAAUAUGUCAUCUUCGCGGACGCGGAUGGUGCCAGUCGGUUCGAUGACCUAGGGAAACUAGUAUCAGCUUGUCAACGGAUUGAAGAUGUGCAAUCUCGAGGACUUGCCGUCGGAUCCAGAGCACAUCUCGUUGGCAGCGAAGCGGUAGUUAAGCGCUCCAAACUCCGGAACUUCCUCAUGCACUCUUUUCACCUAAUCCUGCGCAUACUCACCCCACCUGCCACAGCUUCGAUAAAAGAUACCCAAUGUGGUUUCAAGCUCUUCUCCCGUGCCUCUUUACCAUACAUCAUUCCUUACAUGCACUUUGAAGGAUGGAUUUUUGACGUUGAAAUGCUUAUGCUUGCUGAAUUUGCCGGUAUUCCUGUGGCGGAGGUACCCGUGGGUUGGAGAGAGGUCAAAGGGAGCAAGUUGAAUGUCGUCUGGGAUAGUUUGGGGAUGGCGUGGGGCUUGGCUAUCUUGCGGAUGGCUUGGGGGUUUGGCGUUUAUAGACGGACUUGACCCAUAGAAGUUUUGGAUGUUAUCAGUUCCCCUCACAUUUCCUCUUUCUUGUAUUUUGAAUUGGUUGGCGUUUCUCACUGGGUUUGGUUCAAGUUUCCCUUUUCUUUUAGUUUCUCCCAGAUGGACUACGAUACGGCUAAAGAUGUAUAAAAAGGAUAUAAAUGAUUUGGCUCCACGUUCGAUGAACGUAUGGAUGGGUUGUAGAGAUUAUCCUCAUAAUGAAAUAUGUUUGUCACAGGUUCAAAA